GAGAGAGAGAGAAGAAGAAGAAAAUCCAGAUGGUGACGUGGCUGGCGGCGCUACAGUCAACGGGUAAAUAGUGAAAACCUCACUCUCUCUCUAUAUCCCUGUGUGCUCAGAUAGGGUUUAGGGAACUUCGCUCAAGCUCGUCUGCCCCCGGAAAUGGAUUCCAACGGAGCCGCCGGAACUGCGAUCCGCCGGGAAAUCGAAUCGCUCAACGCAGCUAAGGCCGACAUAGAGAGCCGAAUAUCAGCUCUGGAGGCCCAGCUCCGCGACAUGGACCAUGGAACCGGAGCCAUCUCGAGCAACGGCUCCUGUACCCUGGCCGCCCCCGUCGACCUGGGCCUUGAGCAUGGCCUCUCGCCUGAUAUGAUUUACAGAUACAGCCGGCAGCUCUUGCUCCCUUCUUUCGGAGUUCAAGCUCAGUCGAAUCUGUGGAAGUCGUCGAUUCUCGUUGUGGGAGCCGGAGGUUUGGGAUCCCCUGCUCUGCUAUACCUAGCAGCUUGCGGCGUCGGUCGGUUGGGUAUUGUGGACAAUGAUGUGGUUGAGCUGAACAAUAUGCACAGGCAGAUUAUCCAUACCGAAGCUUACAUUGGUCGGCCCAAAGUGGAGUCUGCCGCUGCUGCUUGUCGUGCGGUCAACUCGACCAUUCAGAUCGUGGAACACAAAGAGGCCUUACGCACUUCCAAUGCUCUGGAAAUUAUGAGCAAAUAUGACAUAGUUGUGGAUGCGACAGAUAACGCUCCGAGCCGCUACAUGAUCAGUGAUUGCUGCGUGGUACUGGGCAAGCCUCUUGUAUCGGGAGCUGCUAUUGGAUUCGAAGGGCAGCUUACAGUGUACAACUAUAAGGGAGGCCCAUGCUACCGUUGCUUGUUUCCAACUCCACCGCCUACCACAGCAUGUCAAAGAUGUUCGGAUAGCGGAGUUCUUGGUGUUGUUCCUGGUAUCGUUGGCUGUCUUCAAGCCCUGGAGGCCAUUAAGAUUGCAAGUGAAGUUGGUGAACCACUCUCUGGGAGGAUGCUCUUGCUUGAUGCAUUAUCAGCACGAAUUCGGAUUGUGAAGAUCAGAGGGAGGUCAUUGGAAUGUGCGGCAUGCGGUGAAAACACAGGAUUCACAAAAGAACAAUUCCGGAUAUUUGACUAUGAGAAGUUCACUCAGUCUCCAAUGCUCGCAUCACCAUUGAAGUUAAAUCUUCUUCCGCAAGACUCCAGAAUAAGCAGCAAAGAGUACAGCGAGAUAGUUAAGAAUGGGGAAGCACACGUUCUGGUGGACGUGAGGCCUGCACACCACUUCAAGAUCGUCUCUCUCCCCCGAGCUUUGAACGUCCCGCUCCCGACCUUAGAGAGUCGGGUGGCUGAGAUCUCCUCAGCGCUGAAGGGAGUGGAGAUGCAAGACGGCAAAGGUGCAAGCUUAUACGUUGUUUGUAGAAGAGGUAAUGAUUCUCAACGAGCCGUGGAGUACCUUCAGAAGGUAGGGUUCCCUUUUGCAAAGGAUAUAGUCGGAGGAAUUGAGGGUUGGGCUCGUGAUGUAGACCCAAACUUCCCAACCUAUUAGCCAUUGUUGCGGCCUAUUUGUGGUAUAUGUAAAUCAUUUCCAAUGUACCUCGACAACAUAAAAGAGACAGAGACGGGGAUUGCUUACUUUAACACACAGUUACACAGGUACCAUAA